UUCUGAGAUUGAGUCUUAAACAAAUUUGUAUCUUUAAGUCUUAUCAAGAAAAACAACAUAAACCUAUAAGGUAUAAUGGCAGAUGGUGGCGAUAGAAGAAUGAUUCCAAAAGAUAUGAAAGGAUUAUUGAGAAUUUCUAGUGAAAUAGCUGAUCCCAGUAAUGCAAAUAAAACAAGUGAAGAAGUUAUAACUCAAAUGGAUCCUGAGAGAAAGGAAUUUUUAGAAAAGGCUUUGUCUGAGUUAAAUACGGAUCCAGUACAAAGAAUGAAAGCCUGUAUUCAUGUUAUCAAAAAUACUGAUGAUUCUGAAGAUGGUGUAGAUACAAAAUUAUCUGCUCUAGAAGAAAUAUUAGAUUGGUGUGGUCAGAUAGAUUUUGCUAUUGAUUUCCAUAAAAUAGGAGGAUUUGAAAUAUUACCACAAUUAUUAAACCAUGAAGAGUCAGAGUUAAGAUGGAAUUGUUUAGAAGUUAUAGCAGAAAUAGUACAGAAUAAUCCCUAUUGUCAAAAAGCAGUAUUAGAACAUGGAUUGAUGCCAGUGCUGUUGAAAAUGUUAGAUACAGAUUCUAACAAUACUGUUAAAACUAAAGCCUUAUAUGCUUUAUCUUGUUUAGCCAGAGAUGAUCCUGAUAGUCAGAAGAAAUUUGUAGAACUCAAUGGCUUUUCUUACUUAAUGAGAGCUAUGCAAACUAAUGUUGAAAAAUUACAAGUAAAAGCAUCAUUUAUGUUACGCGGCAUGUGUACAAGUAAUCCUGAAUUUAAAGAUACACUGUGUGAUAUUGGAAUGGUAGAACAAUUAAUAGGACUCGUACAACAAGAUCACAAUCAACAACAUGAACAUAUGAUGAAUGCUUUAUUAUUACUAGUCACUAAUCAUCAACGAGCCAAACAAAUAGCUCAAAAAUCAGAGUUUAAACUUAUAGACUUCUUACAACAGAGAAUAGAGUUCUUAAAAGGCAAAGAAGAAUUUCUGGAGGAAAGUGAAUAUGCUCAACAAAUUUUAUCUAUUAUGAAACAAGAAGAGGAUACUAGUACAGCCAUCAGAUAAUAUGUACAGUGUACAAUGUGAAAUCUAGUGUACCAAGUUAAUUGAUGUCUGUACAAUGUACCAUGUGAAAUCUAGUGUUUAAAGUUACAAGUUUUUAUUGUAUAUAUAACCUUCAAUGUGCUAUUUGUUUAUUGAUAUCAUUGUGCCAGAUCUUAAGACUAUAGAAUAGAAUGAUGACAUUCCAGUAUUCAUCUUAUUGAAUCAAAUCAUCAUUGAAAUGAGCAUUGUAAUCAGAAUACAAUCAAAAUAAAGAUUUUACUUAUGU